AUGAAACAAAGUUGUAUAUUCUGUGACAUACUAAAAGAUAAUAAGAAUAUUAUCUAUCAAACUGAUAAAGUAUUUGUUUUAUUUGAUAGAUAUCCAAGAAGUAACAGUCACUUUCUUAUUAUUCCUAAAGAACAUUCACCUCAUUUAACAAUAGUAAAAGAUAAUGAUUUGAGUGAGACAAUACUUUUAGCAAAGCGGAUAGCCCAGUUCUUAGGAAUGAACAGUUAUAAUAUUUGUCAAAACAAUGUUUUUGGUCAAAUAAUCAAUCAUUUUCAUUUACAUCUAAUCGAGGCCAAUGAAAGUGGAAAUGUUUUAUCCGAAGAAAAAGAUUUAGAUCAAAAUGAGUAUGAAAAAAUAGUGAAAGAAAAAACAUUAUUAUUCAGAGAUCUUUAUUAA